AAUUUAUGGGAUCAUGCCUGCGGCCGCUGUAAAUACACGUGAUGUAAUAAUCUCAAUUGAACUUAUCGAGAUGGAAGUGGAAGGAAACCAAUCAAAAUCAGUGAAGCGGUUGGCGCUCUGUUCCAAGGAAUUGUGCCCCACCGGCCUAAACGCUGCUUCUACUCAAUACCCACUCACCUACCAUCCCAGAAAUCUAACUUCCAGACCACAGACAAGCCAAAACUAGGCUUCAAAUCAGCAGAGCUUAGACUCUAAGCAUUUCACAGUCACACAAAACUGAAAAAGAUUUGACUUUGAGACGGAUAUAGUAGAAAAGUCCUGUAAGGACUCACGGAAAUGAGAAAUUGAGACAGACCCAGUUGGAAAUUCCCCUGUUUUGAAGCAAGUACGCAUGGUUUCAGAAGGUCCUAGUUGAAAAAUCCCCAGUUCCAAUUUAAGCCCACAUGAAAAGAGAAAAGUGGAUUUCGGAAUGAUACAAUGUGGUAGUUUAAUAUCGUCCAUCCACUUGGAAAGCAUUGGGAUUUGAUCAAAUGAAUGAUGAAGAAGAACUGAUUUUUAAAAACAUUGGUAAUUGAGCAAGUCCAUGGUGAAGAAGAACCGAUUUUGAGGAGAUUUCGGUUAUAAGACAUUUGGGUACGAGAGGAUUUCAAUUGAGAAGGAUAUCGGUUGGUUUGUCAAUACUGAGAAACAGCUCUUAGAUAUAGCGAUUCAGUAUAGAACAAGCCUUCAAAAUGCAGGUGCAUAUAUCCCCUGGUAUGAGAAGAAUCACAAUAUCAAUUUCAAGUGGUCUACUGGACUUGAUGAAGAUUAAGGUUUCAGGGCGCAAGCUCUCGUACAGAACUAAGGUGUAUUGCUUAUUACUUCUGGCAUUGUUGAUGUCAUCUAUAUUUGCUUGGAUUGCGGUUGUUACCCUGGAGGAGGUCAGCGACUGCUCUUCAUUGAACUGUCUUGGGCGGAGAUUGACGCCAGGGUUCUUGAGGGAUUCGUACAGUUCAAGUAGAAACAUCAAGGAUAUGUACGAAGUUUUCAAAGUAAGUAGGCAAGCACCACCGGGAGGGCUGUUAGUCCCAGAUUCAUAUGCUGAUCUUGUUGAUGAUCUAAAGAAAAGUGGUUAUGACAUUAGAACAUUUGCAAUCAAGUUGAAAGCCAUGAUUGAGCAAAUGGAAUGGAAGAUUAAAUCUCAUAAGUUAGAAGAAUAUCAAUAUAGACAGAUUGCAUCGAGCAGCAUCCCAGAAGGCUUGCAUUGCCUUUCCCUUGGGCUCUCUGAUGAGUAUUCCUCAAAUGCUCAUGCCCGGAAGCAGUUGCCAUCUCCAGAAUUAGUAUAUCGUCUUACAGAGAAUACCUAUCAUCAUAUUGUCCUGGCAUCUGACAAUGUCCUUGCAGCAUCUGUAGUAGUUUCAUCAGCUGUGAGAAAUUUUAUAAAGCCAGAACAAUUGGUCAUACACAUAAUUACAGAUAAGAAGACAUAUUCAGCAAUGCAUGCUUGGUUUGCCUUGCAUCCUCUUAAUCCUGCCAUUGUUGAAGUGAAAAGCAUAGACCAAUUUGACUGGUUGACAGAGGAUCAGACUCCAGUUUUGAAAGAAUUAGAAAACCAUGUUAAGGUUCAAAGAUAUUACUACGGAGACCAUUCAAUUGGGAAAACUACUAAUGACAGUCUUCAUGUCCUGAACUUGAAACUGCAGUCAAGAAGCCCCAGAUACAUAUCAAUAAUGAACCACUUGCGCAUAUAUCUUCCAGAGCUCUUUCCAAAUCUCCAGAAGGUUGUGUUUCUUGACGAUGAUGUAGUAGUUCAGCGAGACAUAUCCACUUUGUGGGAUAUUGAUCUUCAAGGAAAGGUUAAUGGUGCGGUUGAAACAUGCAGGGGGAAAGACCCAUAUGUUACGUCAAAGAGUUUCAAGAAUUAUUUCAAUUUCUCUCAUCCACUUAUAUCAGGGAAUUUGGACCCAGAUCAGUGUGCAUGGGCAUAUGGUAUGAAUAUCUUCGAUCUGAAUGCUUGGAGAAGGACAAAUAUCAAGGAAGCUUAUCAUUACUGGAUCAGAAAGAAUCUGGAAUCUAAUUUCACACUCUGGCGAUUUGGAACAUUACCCCCAGCAUUAAUCUCUUUCAAUGGUCAUGUUCAUCCCAUCGAUCCCAGUUGGCAUAUGUUGGGAUUAGGAUAUCAAUCUAAAACUAAUCUUGAUGAUGUACAACAAGCUGCUGUAAUCCAUUACAAUGGGCAGGCUAAGCCAUGGCUCGACAUAGCAUUCCCACAUCUAAAACCUUUUUGGACGAUGUAUUUGGAUUACUCUGAUGAAUUCAUCAGAAGUUGUAACAUUAGAUAGUCUCAGCUUUGAUGCUUUGAGCUGUUUGUUAUACUGCAGGGAAUUGAGGGUAAUGGUGAACUACUUGGUUAGUUACGUGCCUUUUCUCUCAUUUCAAUGAAACUGUAAUUCCAGCUGUCUGCAGAUCCAUGGAUGAGCAAAGAUGUGUGCUAGAAGUUAAUCCUUUUGUAUUUUUGUAUUCUGUAAAAUUCUCAUUUAAAAGCAAUUUUGCUCGAA